AUGGCAUUUGUACACCGUCUGUAUACGCUCCUGUGUUUUGUCCUGCCAGCUGCGACAUUAUUUCCAGAGCCCAGGAUCACGUGGCAACAAACAGAAAUUCGUUUAACUCAUUUCAAGGAACAAGAAGUUUAUAAUUAUUCAACAUUAUUACUAAGUGAAGACAAGAAUGUUUUAUAUAUUGGAGCACGGGAAGUCAUUUUUGCAGUAAAUUCACUGAAUAUUUCAGAGAAGAAACAUGAGGCUUACUGGAAAGCCUCAGAAGAGAAGAGCAAAGAGUGCGUACGGAAAGGCAAAUCCAGACAGACAGAAUGUCUGAACUACAUUAGAGUGCUGCAGCCACUCAAUGAAAACACUCUAUAUGUGUGUGGAACCAAUGCAUUUCAUCCCUCCUGUGAUUUUCUGGAACUUAGUAGUUUUCGGCUGUUAGGCAAAAAUGAAGACGGUAAAGGACGCUGUCCUUUUGAUCCUGCACAGAGUUACACUUCAGUGAUGGUUGAUGGGGAAUUAUAUUCUGGCACCUCUUUUACCUUUCUGGGCAGUGAACCAAUCAUAUGCAGACACUCCCAACAAGGUCUACUUAGAACAGAGUAUGCUGUACCUUGGCUUAAUGAGCCUAAGUUUGUGUAUUCAGAUGUGAUCAGAGCACCUCCGAAUAACCCAGAUGGAGAUGAUGACAAAGUCUAUUUCUUCUUCACUGAAGUGUCUGUGGAAUAUGAAUUUUUUAACAAGCUUCUAAUUCCCAGGAUAGCCAGAGUGUGCAAGGGUGACCAAGGUGGUCUCAGAACAUUGCAGAAAAAGUGGACAACCUUUCUUAAAGCCAGACUGAUAUGUCACUCAUCAGAGAAUAAUAUGAUUUUUAAUGUCAUCAAUGAUGUUUUUAUCCUGAAAUCACCAGAUUUGCAAGAACCAAUUAUCUUCGGAGUAUUUACAUCCCAUUAAACAAUGUUGGCAUGUCAGCAGUGUGUGCAUACAAAGUAUCUAGUGUGGAAGAAGUGUUUUCAAGGGGCAAAUACAUGCAGAGUGCCACUGUGGAACAGGCACAUACUAAAUGGGUGCAGUUUAAUGGAGAGGUGCCCAAGCCUCGUCCGGGAGCUUGCAUCAAUAAUGAGGCUAAAGCCAUGAACUACACCAGCUCAUUGAACCUGCCGGACAAAACGUUACAGUUUGUUAAAGAUCACCCUCUAAUGGAUGAGUCUGUGACCCCCAUAGGAAAAAAGCCUAGACUAGUGCUUCAGAAUGUGACGUACACUCAGAUUGUCGUGGAUCAGGUCAAAGCACUGGAUGGCAAUAGCUACGAUGUCAUGUUUUUAAGUACAGAUAAAGGUAUGCUGCACAAAGCAAUAAGUAAUGACACUGAAAUGCGUAUUAUUGAGGAGAUAGUGUUGUUCCCUGAUCACCAAGCAAUCCAGACAUUACUACUUUCCAAUAAGCAGAACAAAAGAUACAUCUAUGCUGGCUCCAGUGUUGAAGUGAUUCAGUCUCCUGUUGCUUUCUGCGAGAAGUUCACGUCCUGUGCUGAGUGUGUGCUGACCAGGGAUCCCUAUUGUGCUUGGCACCCUGUCAAAAAUUCCUGUGUUGAAAUCCUUCUGGAGGCUGACACUGACAGGCCCUUGAUUCAGUCUCUAAAUGGUGAUUCUUCUCAAUGUCCAGAUUCUGCUGAUAAAGGGAUCCAGGAAAGUAAGCAGUAUACUGUCAAGGCAGGAAGCACAAUAGAGAUGAAAUGUUCUUACAAGUCUAAUCUGGCUUCAGUGGUGUGGACAUUCAAUAAUGAAAGCGUUAGCAUGGCCCCUCCCAAAUAUAUUGUGAACAGUGCUCUAAUCAUAUUCAAUGUGACGGAGUCUGAUGCAGGCAUUUACCAGUGCUGGUCACAAGAGCUUGUGAUGAAAAAAGUAUUCUCCCAGUUGGUGAUCAAACAUGUUCUAAAGAUCGAGAAGACACCACCUCCCAUGACCAGCACAACUGCAUCACCAUCAACACGAAUGGAAGGAAUGAUGGAAACCACUCGAUUGUAUAAAGUGAAAAAAGAGAAAACCACCAAAAUGUCCACAUCAGCAUCAACUACUCCAAUAGUAACUACAUCUGUUGGAGGUAUGACAUAUCUAAAUAACAAAAUGACAACACCAACAGUCUUUGUGUCAGAAGAGGUAUUCAGCUCCCUUCCUAAUGUGGAAAAGGCCUUGUACUUGACCAACAACAAUGACUGCUCUCUUCUCAUAAUACUGGUUAUAGUAUUCUUUUUACUUUUCUUCAUCUUGUUGAUAUACAAUUGCUACAAAGGGUUCCUUCCUGACGCUUGUCUGAAAUACCGCUCUGCUAUGCUGUCUAGCAAAAAGAAGAGUCCUCCAAGCUUGAAAGAUUGUGAGCAGGGUUUGAAGGAAACCUUAGUGGAAAAAGGGUGUACUGAGAAGCAGAGUAGUGGGACAGGUAAAGCACCUCCUGACACUGGCUAUGAGACGGAUGCAGAAUGUGGUAAUGGCAAUAUCACUCAUAAAGAAGAUGAAACAACCGAGGAAAAGGAAACGGACCAACCGUUUGAUGUCAAAUGUGAAAUAAAAUACGCCGACUCCGACGGUGAUUGA